CGGGAAGGCCGGGCGGAAGUGCCCGCGCUUCGGCCGCCGCCUAGGUUACCGCGUUCUCCGCCCCUGGUCGCGUCAUCGCUCUGAGCCCGCUCUCAGCUGCCAGCGCGGGGCCACCCGAGACCUCGGGGCCCGGGUUGCCGCCCCCUCAGGAGCCACCAUGUUGGUGAUCCCCCCCGGACUGAGCGAGGAGGAGGAGGCUCUGCAGAAGAAAUUCAGCAAGCUCAAGAAGAAGGUGAGGGAGUGUGUGGGGCCCUGGCCCAACCUUUCACAGAUUCUGCACUCUGAGCACACCUGGGCCUCCUGCUGCGACACUGACCUGAGCUGCUUCUGCCUCCAGGACCCCGAGAAGGGCCCGGCGCCCACCUUCCAGCCAUUCCAGAGGAGCAUGUCCGCGGACGACAACCUGCAGGAGGCGUCCAGGCGUCCCCAGAGGAAGCCGCUCUAUGAGAGCUUUGUGUCUUCCAGUGAUCGGCUCCGAGAACUGGGGCCAGAUGGAGAAGAAGCCGAGGGCCCAGGGGCCGGCGAUGGCCCUCCGCGGAGCUUUGACUGGGGCUACGAAGAGCAUGGUGGUGCCCGCUCCUCGGCCUCCCCUCCCCGCAGCCGGGACCGCAGCCACGAGAGGAGCCGGGACAGAGACCGAGAGCGGGAGCGGGAGCGGGAGCGGGAGCGGGAGCGGGAGCGGGAGCAGCGGGACAGAGACCGGGAACAGCGGGACAGAGAUAAAGACCGGGAGCGGGAGCGGGAGCGGGACCGAGAGGGCCCUUUCCGCAGGUCGGACUCCUUCCCGGAGCGCCGGGCCCCUCGGAAGGGGAACACUCUCUACGUCUAUGGAGAAGACAUGACCCCCACGCUGCUCCGCGGAGCUUUCGCUCCCUUCGGGAACAUCAUUGACCUCUCCAUGGACCCGCCUAGAAACUGUGCCUUCGUCACCUACGAAAAGAUGGAGUCCGCAGACCAGGCCGUGGCCGAGCUCAACGGGACCCAGGUGGAGUCCGUGCAGCUCAAGGUCAACAUAGCGCGCAAACAGCCCAUGCUGGACGCCGCCACCGGCAAGUCUGUGUGGGGCUCCCUCGCUGUCCAGAACAGCCCUAAGGGUUGCCACCGGGACAAGAGGACCCAGAUUGUCUACAGUGAUGAUGUCUACAAGGAAAACCUUGUGGAUGGCUUUUAGGGAGGGAAGCUGGAUUCCUUGUGCCUCGCAUCCCCCACUGCUGGUCUCAGUCUCACUCAGUAAAACACCGGGGUGGAAGCUCA